AUGGGAAUCAGUGCUGCCGGCGUGGUAGCCCUCAUUAUCGUCGGCGUUGCGGUCGGCGUAGGCUUAGCAUGGGGCAUGUACAUCACGUACAAAGGCAAGCGAGACGGAGGCCAUCAGGAAGAACACGGUGAUCCCCAGCAGGAACAGAGCGCCUACAUGCGGGAAGUCCGACUCCGGAAUCAGGAAGUCUUGGCCGGAAGCAAUGGGACGCCGAAUUAUAACCCACACCAUCGAAGCGAUGAGGGGAGGUAUAGUUAUGGGUAUGAUCAUUCGCCGAGUUCGAUGCAGGAUGAGCAGAAGUACGAUCGGUACAAUUACCAUGGCAAGGCGCCUUAUGUUGCUGAGCAGCAGGCGAUGCCGGUCAUGAGCGAGAAGCAGAAGGAGGAGGAUGAUGAAGAUUAUUGA